AUGAUGUUUCUGUGCUCUCUGGCUGUCUUUAUGAUCACGAUAGGGAACUGUGUUUCACAGUCAAUAGCACCACUGAAAAACACAAUCCAUGCUGUUGAAGAUCAGACACUUACUCUCUCCUGCAAGUAUAAUGGUAGUGUGAAUAAUCUGCAGUGGUAUCGUCAGUAUCCUGGAUCCAGACCAGUGUAUUUACUGAUGACAUUUCCAGGAUCACCAACUGUGAGCCAUGCAACUCCACGUUUUCCAAGACUGGAUGCUAAAGAAAAGAACAAAACACUGGAUCUGAUCAUCUCCUCUGCUGAAGUAUCAGACUCUGCACUCUACUACUGUGCCAUGAAGCCCACAGUGACAGGAAACCCAGAGAGCUGUGUUUCACAGUCAACAGCACCACUGGACAGCAAAGUCCUGGUUCAGAUGAGACAGUUACUCUCUCCUGCAAAGGACUGUUCUGCACAGUCAAUAGCACCACUGGAAAACAAAAUGCAGGUUCAUGCUCUGCAACAUGAGACAGUUACUCUCUCCUGCAGGUAUGAUGGUAACGUGUACAAUCUGCAGUGGUAUCGUCAGUAUCCUGGAUCCAGACCAGAGCAUUUACUGAUGAUAUUUCCAGAGUCAAAAGAUGUGAUCCAUGCAGAUCCUCCUUUCCCACGACUGAAUGCUACAGCAGAUAAAAGUACAGUGGAUCUGUUGAUCUCCUCUGCUACAGUAUCAGACUCUGCUCUCUACUACUGCACCCUGCAGCCCACAGUGACAGGAAACCCAGUUACUCUGUACAAAAACACAGGAUGA